AUGAAGGCGAAGGCGAAGUUGAUGUGUCUGGUGUCCAUUCUGCUCUUGAGAGAGUGUUCUAGCUCAUGCCAAGCACCCAUCACAUCUCAAGAAUCGUUCUCCUGCGCUACAAAUGAUGCCGAUUUCUUCAGGACCCAGUUACCUGCAGACCUGUGGUGGACAGCUACAAAUCCACCGAGCAAGUAUGUUCCGGGAUUGGAGUACAUCAAGAACUACUACUUCUGCUGCAGGUUCUGCGUAUGGACUCUGAAUUAUCCAAGAAACGCACCAAUCUCGUUCUCGUUUGACCCAGAGCUAAACUGCAACAAGUUUAGAACUGAGUUUGCCAACCUGGAUACGAAUGCCAGUGGGACCCUGUCAUUCGCUGAAUUCAGCCCAUACAUGCAUUCAGGACCCAAUCGUUGGCUGGUAUCCGCCAAUCGCCUGAACCCUCAAUAUUCGUUCCACCAGGCAGACCUGGACAAGGAUGGAGUUCUCAGCCAGGAAGAGUACUUUGUGCUGAGACACUUCUGGGCCAUCACGCACGUCUGCAAGUCUGGUCCUGUGCAGAAUCUUGACGAUGGGAAGUCCUUGAACAACGGGCCUCUCGGGGGGUUGUUCCGAGACAGCGGACAGCUGCAGAUGUGGUACUCAGUGUCUGUGCUAGCGCUUCUGGACAUCUACAUGUCCAACGGCUGGGAUCCCUCGCUCGUGCGUGAGCCGACCACGGCUGAGAUCGCACAAGCAUUACAGGAAGAAGACUUGGAUGGAAGCCAGCGAAUCUCGUUGGAGGAGCAUUACUUCAAGGUGUUUGCGGAUACGAAUGGAGACGAGUAUGUUUCUAAGAGCGAGUACUAUCUUUCUCUCUACAAGAAGACGACGGGUGGCGCAGUGGACAACCAAUACCUCUAUCCCAUCAAUUUCAACCUGCACGACCUGAACAGCGAUGGCCGCAUCUCUUUCUUAGAGAGGAAGUUCAUUGCUGCUGACAUCGAUGGCAACUACAUCCUGAACAGCACUGAAUGGGUUCUAGGAGAUUUUGUAGAGAGUUACAGUGAUUUCUCAAGGUAUGACGCUUCCAGGUCCAUCAACACCAUCGACUCUACCAGAUACUUCUACUACACAAUCUUCCAUGAUUGCUCAUUGACAGGUUCUAUCGAAUACAAUAGGUCACUGCUCCGAUCCCCAUGGUCACGUUCAUGCUUGUUGGAGGUCCAGAUUCAAAACAAUCCUCCUUUCGUUGAAGUUGAGUUGAACCAGAGCAAAUGCUCGUCAGCAGCGUGCAACGCAUCAGCAACAGCAGAAAACCUGAAGCACACGUGUGCAAGCGAUCAAGAUUGUGUGUCUGGCAGAGGUUGCAGCUACUUUGGAUUUUGCACCGCGCAGGACGAAUUGCAACCGAGCGGGUACUUUCCAAGGUUGCCCAAGUGGAUGGUGGAGCCGAAAGGAUACACCAUCGAUGUAAUCAAGGAGAUUGCCGCCCGUCUGAACUACAACAUCACCUUCAACGUCGUCACUGACCUCAGUGUUCUGCUAUCAACAGCUCCGACUUCUGGGUCCAACGACAAGAAAUUUUGGCCGCCUCCACUCCGAGGAACUCUGAUCUCCAACUUCAACCAGCUGAGGUAUUCACCUCAGAAUACGAGCAUACAGAUCGAUAAAUAUCAAUGCACAGACAGCCUGUGGAAGGGUGACGGCUUUGUUAUUGUCGUGAAGACGAAUCCUCCACUGAUUUCUCGAGGUCUCGCAAUGUUCCUCAUGCUCUUCUCACCGUCUUUCAUCAACUUCCUGUCGAUCUUCUUCUUCUUCAUCUUUGUGAUGGGCCACAUUUUCUGGAUUGUUGAGCACCGCUACAAUGACCUGUUCAGGAAAUUCUAUGCUGAGGGUGUCAUGGACGGUUUGUGGUACACGGCAGUCACGGUGACGACUGUUGGCUAUGGAGACAAAGUUCCGACGACUCUGAUUGGGAAAUUGUUUGGGUCGUUUUGGAUGAUCUUUGGUCUCAUUUGCUUCGGACUCUUCAGUGGAGCUGUGGUGGACGAGAUCAACAACAUGCAGGAGGCAGCGAACAUCCAAGACGUGUCAGGGUUGGUCGGGGUAGACAUCUGCGUUCUUGAGCGCACCUACUACAAGCAACUAUCUACAAUUUUUGGCUUCAAGCCUAUCACGGCUUCAUCGCUAGAGGAAUGCGGCAAGGCUGUGCUGAACGGGAAGGUCGCGGCCAUGGUGGUUCCGCAUGCCGAUCUCUUGCAGUAUUUCUUGAGCUCGGGGCUCUACGCUAAGGAGUGCGGAAACCCGUUGAAGGUUGUGGGAGACCCGCUGCUCCUCUCUGACAAGAGGUUUGGCCUCCAGAACGCUCUCUGCUUCUGCGACACUUGCGACGAUCCUAUCAGCGGGACUCGGAUCUACGCGUCCACGUACUUGACGGCAGGCAUGAGCACAGUCUUGUCCGACCUCUCGAAUUCUGGCUUUCUGGCAUCCACAGAAGACACUUACAUGAGCUCUCUUCUGCAGCCCAACACCUGUGGUUCGGUGACCAAGUUCGACGUCUCUGCCAUCAUUGCCUGUUUCGUUCUCCUCUUCUGCUCCAUGGCUCUGAACGUUGCCUUCCGGAAUUCAUUCACCAAAGACUAUGCUCUAGCGGCAGAGCAGAAACUCUCAGGUGCGGUCGACUCCUUCCUCUGCUGGAUUGGAAUCCGAGAGCGGGACCCCCACUGGGUCUCAGACUACAAGGACACAUCCAUCAUCUACGACGACGAGCAGGAGCUGCAAACGAGCUCAAGGAGGCACUUCAUCGCUACUCACAUGGACAGGUUUCAGAGUUCACAACGCCAACAUCAUCAAGCUUUCCAACGAGAGUGUGCAAACUCAUUCCACGAUCCAACAGUCUGUGAGCACCCAGAGGAACUGGGGAACUACCAUCGUCCUGCUGAUCAGGGCAUCGAAGUGAGGCCUUCGGUCCUCGGCAUCCCAUCCAACGCCGUCCUCACCAACGAGCUUUGA